AAAAUUUCUCCAAAAGCUACUAGCCUGGUAGUACCUUAGCUUCAAAUCUCCAAAAAGUGAGGAAGCUAGCUAGUACUGAGAAACAUGUCUCCAAUGGUGUCGUUUUUUCUCUUCUUCUCUUUACUAACACUUCUCUCCAUUGCUAGAGCUCAAGAUGGAGCCCCUCAUGGGAUUGUUUAUGAAAACCCAAUUGCUUUUACUCCAUCUGCAUAUGACUUCUUCCAUCCAAGCACGCAAAGAUCCUGUGAAACAUCCAAUUGCUCGCCGUUGCCUGUCGCAGCGCAGGUUGUCGAGGCCACUCCGGGCCAUGAGAGCAGAGAGUUAGAGUCCCAGAAAGGCAGCAGAGUGGGAGCUGCUGCGAUUGCUGGCAUUGCGUUUGGCCUUGUGUUUGCUGUUCUUUUGGGGAUGGGCGUCUACUAUGUUGUCAUCACACGUCGAGCCAACGUGAGUCGAACCAAUUCUGUUCAGCCCGAUGCUUGAUCAUGUCCCAAAACCACAACAUGUUUGGUCAAACUUAGACCAACCUGUUUCUUUCUUUUCCUUAAUAUUUGAUUCGGGUUAUGUAGCGAGUGAAAGGGAAAAAACCAUCCCGUCUUAUUAUCCAUAUUAGAUUUUACAACAUCUAGCCAUGUAUAUGUUGUUUAUGUUGUCAUGUCAUUUCAAAUGACAUAACACCAUGCAUAUACACUGUUAGAUCAUAUAAAAUCUAAUAUGGAUCUCUGUAGUUGUAAUAGUUAGUGAUAAGAUGCAUGGUGUUUCAGAAUUAUGGCUCAUUAAGUAGCCGACUUUUGGUAUAUAAGCAAAAAGAUUAUUAAAUGAUUA